GGACCUUGGCCUGACUUUGAACCUCCGGCAGCUUUCUAAGAUCAGUUGACAACUGUUUGGCUGUUUGGUAGGACAUAAUUGCUUGUGUUCAUAUAUUUUUGGGUCUGUGUAGUGGUGCGUGCGCUUUGAUACUUGAGAUUUGUUUACCAGCUUUCUAAACUCUUUUCCAAGCAUGGGGAGCAGUUAUCUCCGGGGAUGUGUUUGGAAGCAAACACAUUAAAGACAUUUGUUGCUGUUUGGCAAAAGAAGUCGAACCCUCUUCAGAAAUGACCUCACAGGGCCCCCCGUGAUGACGCCCUGAGAAACACAACUUCUGUGUUCAACCUUGGCUUUGCUUGGAAACACAUGCCGACUGAUUGACCCAUUUCAGAGGGGCACUGACACCCCAAAUGUUCCCCACUGCCCCGGGACGAACAUGAACUCUCACAAUCAUCAAGUGGAUGUGAGCCCAGCUGCGCUGCCCUCGCAGGUGCCCCCCACUUCAACCGCCAUCCUCCCCAUGGACCUGCGUGUAGUGGACCACCACCACCACCAGCAGCAGCCUGCUUUCGGGCUGGUUUCCCAGCCGCACCCGUCUGUGGCGCCAGGUUGUCCGGCGUCAUCCGAAGGCGGCCAUGGUCUGGUCAUCGGCCACCAGGAGCAGCAGCUGCAGCACGAGCUGGUGGCUCUCAAGCACAAGCAGCAGCUCCAGAGGCAGCUCCUGAUCGCCGAGUUCCAGAGGCAGCACGAGCAGCUGUCCCGGCAACACGAGGCCCAGCUGCAGGAGCACAUUAAGCACCAGCAGGAUUUACUGGCCCUCAAACAUCAACAGGAGCUGCUGGAGCAUCACAGGAAGAUGGAGCAGCAGCGCCACGAGCAGCUGGAGAAGCAGCAGCGGGAACAGAAGCUGCAGCAGCUCAAAAACAAAGAGAGGGGACAAGAGAGUGCUGUGGCCAGCACAGAGGUGAAGAUGAGGCUGCAGGAGUUUGUGCUGAACAAGAAGAAAGCGCUGGCUCAGCGAAACCUAAACCACUGUCUGCCCAGUGACCUGCGCUACUGGUAUGGAAAAACUCAGCACAGCUCUUUGGACCAGAGCUCUCCUCCCCAAACAGCACUGUCAGCCUACAACCACCCCAUGCUGGGAACGUACGACGCGAAAGAUGACUUCCCGCUCCGUAAAACAGCGUCCGAGCCCAACCUGAAGCUGCGUUCCCGGCUAAAGCAGAAGGUGGCGGAGCGGCGCAGCAGCCCUUUGCUCCGCAGGAAGGAUGGACUCAUCACCACUGCCAAGAAGCGGUCCCUGGAUGUGGCAGAGCCUGCAUGUAACAGCGCACCAGGCUCGGGCCCCAGUUCCCCCAACAACAGCUCCAGUAACAUCCCCAACGAGAACGGUAUCCCGAUCUCCAGCAGCCACGGAGAGGCCUCGCUGCUUCAGAGGUUGGCUGCGAGGGAGGGUUCUGUCAGCCAACUGUCUCUCUACACCUCGCCGUCUCUGCCCAACAUCACCUUAGGACUGCCAGCCACCGGGCCUGCCAGCGCUGUGGUGUCGGGACACCAAGAUGGCGAGAGUCAUCUGGCACUGCCGGCGUUGCAGCAGGGCAUUCCGCUGACCCCUCCUUUUCUUCCCACCGCCCACCUGCCUUCCUACUUGGCACCCUCGGCGCUGGACAGGGAGGGGCCCGGAGGGGGCACAGCUGGUCACAACCCCCUCCUUCAACACGUGGUUCUGCUGGAGCAGAGCCACAGUCCAAUGGUCGGCCUGGCUGGACUCCCACUACCGUCCCCGACUGUAUCCAAGCUGGUGCGGGGCCACCGUCCCCUGGGGAGGACCCAGUCAGCCCCCCUGCCCCAGCAGCCGUGCGGACAGGCGCAGGCCCUGCAGCAGCUGGUGGUCCAGCAGCAGCACCAGCAGUUCCUGGAGAAGCACAAGCAACUUUUCCAACAGCAGCAGCAGCACCUCAUCAACAAGAUCAUGUCCAAGCCCGGGGACCCCGCCUCGGCUGUGGUCUCCGGCGCCUCGGUGCCCGGCAGGCAACACCAGAGCCACCCGGAGGAGACAGAAGAGGAGCUCAGGGAACACCAGGGACUUUCCUCGUCUUCGUCGUCGCCUUCCUCUGCUCCGGUGCAGGAGACGAGGUUGCUAAGGGCCAUCAAGCAGGAGCCGCCAGAUCCUGAAGAGCAGGAAGACGGGGAGCAGAGGGACAGACACUCGGAGCAGGACUUCCUGUUCAAACAGCAGACCAUUCUUCUGGAGCAACAGCGGAUCCAUCAGCUCAGAAGCUACCGGGCCUCCAUAGAAGACUCCAGCUUACCAGGGAAACGUCCUCUGUUCAGGACGCAGUCGUCUCCAGCCUCUGCCUCCCUCCCCAUGACGGUCCAGGAGUCACCGGUCAAGCACAGGUUCACCACAGGUCUGGUCUACGACUCUUUGAUGCAGAAGCACCAGUGCAUCUGUGGAAACUCUACGAUUCAUCCAGAACACGCCGGUCGCAUUCAGAGUAUCUGGUCCCGGCUUCAGGAAACGGGCCUCAGGGCACACUGUGAGGUCAUCCGUGGUCGGAAAGCCUCUCCAGAGGAGUUGCAGACCGUGCACUCUGAAGCCCACGUCCAGCUGUAUGGAACCAACCCUCUGAGACAGAGACUAGACUGUUCGGUGAAUCCCGUGUUUGUGAGGUUACCGUGCGGAGGCAUCGGGGUGGACAGCGACACCAUUUGGAAUGAGGUCCAUUCAUCCAGCGCAGCUCGUCUGGCUGUCGGCUCUGUGGUGGAGCUGGUUUUCAAAGUAGCAUCAGGAGAGCUGAAGAACGGUUUCGCCGUGGUCCGACCACCCGGACACCACGCCGAGGAGAGCACGCCCAUGGGUUUCUGCUACUUCAACUCUGUCGCCAUCGCAGCCAAACUCCUGCAGCAGAGGCUGAACGUCAGCAAGAUCCUCAUAGUGGACUGGGAUGUUCAUCACGGCAAUGGUACCCAGCAGGCCUUCUACGCUGACCCCAGUGUCCUCUACUUAUCUCUGCAUCGCUAUGACGACGGAAACUUCUUCCCAGGCAGUGGAGCUCCUGAUGAGGUGGGGAGUGGAGCAGGUGAGGGCUUCAACGUAAACGUGGCCUUUACGGGAGGACUGGAGCCCCCCAUGGCUGAUGCAGAAUACUUAGCUGCAUUCAGAACGGUGGUCAUGCCCAUCGCCAACGAGUUUGGCCCAGACAUGGUUCUGGUUUCCUCCGGCUUCGACGCAGUGGACGGACACGCCCCCCCUCUGGGAGGUUACAAAGUCACAUCCAAAUGCUUCGGCUACCUGACCAGGCAGCUGAUGGAUCUGGCAGGAGGCCGUCUGGUUCUUGCCCUGGAGGGGGGUCACGACCUCACGGCUAUAUGCGAUGCCUCAGAAGCCUGCAUCUCCGCUCUGCUUGGUAAUGAGUUGGACCCCAUUCCUGAAACGGUGCUUCAGCAGAGACCAAACGCCAACGCCGUCCGCUCUCUGGAGAAAGUGAUGGAAACCCACAGUAAAUACUGGCGCUCCCUGCAGCGCUCUGCCUCCACCCUCGGCUGCUCCUUAAGUGAAGCCCUGCAGCGGGACGUAGACGAAGCUGAAACCGUCUCGGCCAUGGCCUCACUGUCUGUGGCCAACAAGCAAAUCGGAAAAAGAACUGAAGAAGAACCAAUGGAAGAGGAAGCUGCGAUGUAAAAAGACGAAAGACCAUCAUUUUGAAUCUUUGUCCGCGUGUAAAGUGUCUCCUCCUGCACUGCCGAACCAAAACGCCGUCUGCCUGUGGCGAGGGGAGCCGGCAAACGUUUGCUCAAAGGGAGGUGAAGGUCGACGGCGGCGCAGAGGCCGAUCUCCGGACGCACGCCGUUGUUCCUGACCGGACGGCCGGGUGUGCCACUCUGCAGAUCUCCGCUUUCAUCAAGACCACUCUGCACUAACUCCUCUUCUAUGAAAUCCCAAUUAAAAAAAACAUUUUUACCGAGAUCACUGAAAAAGCUCAGACUGAGCAGCUGUGCCUUCGUUUCAAAUUCAGCCCUGAUUCUUCAACUCAACUUUGCCUUAAUAGCAGAUUUUGGAUCAAUUUUUUGUUUUUUUCUAAAUAUCCGGCCUGAAAGUUGUUCCCAAACAAGCAGGAGGACGUUCCCAUGUUUACCUCCUCAUCCCUCCAUGAAAAGAGGCGCUCGGCGGCACGCACUUUACUCCUUCAUCAGUUAAAGCAGCCAAAGCGGAACAGGUGAUCGUCUCCGUCGUCCGACCACUUCCACAGCUGCAGCGACACUUCCUUCAUUAAGUAAUCUCACACGCUAAUGGUAACGAGGGAUUUCCCAGAGAUCGUUCUGGAGAAUGCUGAUGAUGUCACCGCUGGUUUAACCUCUUCAGGACGUUGUUGAGAACAUCUGCUCCCCAAAUGUCAGGCGUGUGUCUGCCUGGCGACACUCGGUUUACACAACUCACAGAAUUUGUACAUUUACAUCACACAGUUUGAUCGUCUCUUUUAGACGUUUGAAAGGAUUUUAAAGAGACGGUGUCGUUUUAUUUAUAGAUAUAAACCAUGACUGCAGUAGCUGUAGAAUCCUGGUGACUUUCGGAAGGAGGGGGGGGUAGUACCUGCCAUCCUGCCUCCACUUCCUCCUCCUCCUCCUCCUCCUCCUCCAGCCUCUUUUGUGAUGUUUUCAGUAAUCAGGAAGUGUGGUGUUUACUGCUGUCUGCUGUACCUGUAACACCGAGGACCGCCGCCUGGCUCCUCCUCCUCCAUCGUUCCUGUUGUUCCUGACUUUUUUUUUUUUUUUUGUGGUAGCAUCUGCUGCACACCUCGUUCAAAAGCUGACAAACUUCAACAGCAUUCAACGUGUUUUAUUCUUUGUAAAAAUAAUAUUAAUAAUAAUAAUGGGCACUUGUUUAUUUGCUGUCUGUUUAUAGUAGAUUUUUAUGUACAGGAAAUGUGUAUAUUAUAUACUUUUGAAGUCGUGUACUUUGUGUGAGCGGGAUGUGGAGCGGACCCCCUUUUUGGGGAGGGGGUGUUACUGAAGGCGCCGUUUUUUGCAGUGAUUUUGACUUGCUUUUAUUUUGACAUCAGUACCACCACACUGUUACAGGGAGGGGUGCAGCCGGCCUGAAUCCUGCACCACUCUGUACGCUCUGAUCUUCAAGGUUUCAAAACACAUCAGCAUUUCAGGAUUAUUUUUUUUUUUUUUUUUAAGACUCGAGAUGAGAGGAAUCUCUCAUUUGGACUGAAAACGGAUUUAUUUUUUCUUGUUUGCAUGCACUGUUCCUCUCCUGCAGCGCUGCAGAUCAGAGACUUCAAGGUUUUCCUGCAUCCAAACCAACCCAGUUUUGUUUUUUAACCCAUUAUUUUAGUGUUUUUCUGUCUUGGGAAAAAACAUUCAUGAGCGUUUGUCAGUCCCAGUACGGAAAUUCACAACAUCCACAACAAACCAGAUCGUCCUGGUUUGUUGAAACCAGGUGGAUUGAAGGACCAAGACCAGGGGUCUGCAACCUUUGCCAGUAAAACAACCGUUUGGGCCUGAUCAAAACCGAAUAGGAGGUUUUUUUUUUUAGCUUUUAGGAAAAUUACUACUUUGCAUCAUUACAUUGUCGUUUUUUAAAUGAAUAUUAAUUAUAUUUAUUUUCGGGUGCUAAUGAAUACAUGAAUAUUAAGAUAAAUCGGAAUUUUCUCAAAGUUGUUUCUUACUAUUGACAAAAGCUGAUUUUCUUUCAGAAUAAAAUACUUCCUGUCCCAAACAGGAACAUUCAAGUGACGCAAAUGUAAAAAUUACAUUUUUUUUCUUUUUAUACUUUAGGUUUUACUUUGGUGAGCUGUCAUCAUUUUUCUACUAACCAUUGUUGUGCAUCAUAAGAUAAAAUGUACUUUAAAGUAAAAAAAAUCAGACUUUUUACCAAAGUUUUGCCAAGUAUUUGUAAUUCUUCUGGAAGAAGUGCAGAGCAAACAAUGCUUAAUGAUAUAAAAAAACAUUACAGUUUAUCUUCUAAGUUCACUUAAGCCAUAAACUUAACUAAAAUAAAUUAAAUCAAUGCUAAGUUAUCAUCCCUUACUUUAAAAAGUGACUUAUUUUAUUUUCUUUAGCCAGAGAGGUUGCAGACCCCUGACCAAGACUGAUAAAGAUGGCUUUACUGGUUCAACUAUAUCAUCAAAGAUGCUGAGUCUUUUUUAUUUUAAAUCAAAUUUACUGAAUGUAUUUGGGUCCUAACUGCAGAAAUGUGCGAUCUUUACAUCCUAAAACCGUGACUCUUCAAUCCAGGUUAUGUAAAUAGUGUAUGAUACACUCAGAAGAUGGUAUAGAUAGUAUUUACAGGAAGCCAUCACUGUUUUUUUUUUUUUUGUCUGUGAGUUUCUCUGUACAUUCCUUUUUUUUUAUUGAGACACAUUCACAGACAUCUUCUCUCUCUUGUAAUUCCACAUUGUCUUUGGAAUAAUAGCGAGGAUGCACAUGUUGUUACACACUGACGGAUCUGCACAUUUGCAACCAUCUGAGGAGCUUUUGAAAGCAGCAGUGCCAGUCAUGGUUAAUGCUUUUUGGUUUCACAGGCGAAGAAGCCUAAACUUACCGCCGUCUGCCUUCUCCGCCCGUUUCUCUAUGUCCAGCUACAAAAAAAAAUUAAACACACACAGACACACAAAAGGCACAUUCCAGUUUUUGAACAUUUUGCUUUAUUAGGAGGCAGAGCUGCUUGGUUUUAACCAAAAGCUGAACGCUGUUGGUUUAUUGAAACGGCCCGGUCUGACUUCACUCCAUUCCUUCUCCCCUCUGCAUGAUGUGUGUCCGCAUGCGAGCCCCACCUGUCUGUCUGUCUGUCUGUCUGUCCCCAUCACACUCAGAAUGUGGGAUCCUGCACUGAAGGACAUUAGUACUUUCACUGUUUCCAUGCUUUUUUUUUUUGCUUCUUGUCUUGAGGCUCCUCAAUUUUUUACCUGCAGACUCCUCAAACCUGGAAGAAAGACGCCAGCGGAAACUGUUUUUGAAGAAUCGGAUGUUAGCGUCCAUUUGUUUUCAUUCCAGGCGGGAUCUGACUUUGAUGGAAUAUUUUUUUUUUUUGCCUCCCUGUCACAUCUGGACUGCGUAAAGGGCUCCACCCAGAUGCCUGGACAUUGUUACGGUCCUCCGUUCCGGUUAAUACGCCAGUUAUCUCUAUGACCACUGUGGUUAACGAAACAAACAGUUGUAGGUUUACAUGUGUGGAAAUGCAUAUUCCUUUAUAUGUUUUGACUUGUUUGUCCAUUGUUACAGAAAUAGUCCAUUUUUCUCUGGAAACCUUUGCUCUACAUGUUGUCUUUGACAUGUAUAAUAUAAAGUAUUGUUUUGGAAAUCUC